AUGUCCGACAAGUCGAAUCCUAGUCAAGAGCACGAGGGUUUCUUUGAGAGAAUCCUUCAUCACCACAAGGGUACCAAGGCUACUGCCCACGGCAAGGAUCAGGAUGAUCAGCAUGAUAAGAUGGAUAGCCAGCAACCUCAGGGACAGAAGGAGGAGGAUGAGAUGGACAAGCUGAAGGACUAUCUGCACAAGGAUGAGCAGCUUGAGGAGGAAGGCCAUGAGUAUGGUGACUUGAUGUGA